CUAGGAGACGGAACCCAUUUCCGUGCUUCCAGUAGCUGCUCUAGUCAGUCUCCGAGGAUAAUUGAUAUUCAAGAAGAAAAAAAGAAACCGGAUCAUAUUCUUUAGUGAUAUAUUUACAUAAACAUAAUCUUGGGAUAUAUAAAGCAAACAACAUUUUCAUUUGCUUCACCGAGUGACCAAACCUUGAGAUUGAAUUUACAGCAUAAUGGCUCAAAUUCGUAACAUUGAGGUUGAACUCAAAGCUAAGUGCUCGGCAGAGAAGUUUUACGCUAAUCUGACUCGUGAUGCACCAAAGCUUCCAAAAUAUGUUCCUCAGAUAAUCCACAAUGUCCAAGUUUUCCCUGUAGAUGGUGAAGUUCGGGUGGGAAGUGUAUUUGUUUGGGACUAUGUACAGGAUAAACCUUCUGCCGUCAUGACCAAAGAGAAGAUAACAGCGGUGGACCAUAAAAAAAUGUCAGUAACGUGCACAGUUUUUGAAGGAGAACUCACAAAAGGUUUCACAAGUUUUGCUACCACACUUUCUAUCACUCCAACAAAGAAGGACGGGAGCUAUAACUGCCUUGUGAAGUGGUCUGUACAAUAUGAGAAAGCGAAUGAAGAUGUCACUGAUCCAACAUACUUAAAGAAAUGGCUGGAAAAUUUUACCAAGGAAUUGGAUAUCAAUUUGGUCAAGGAAGAAUAGAUAAGGUUGAUCUCCCUAUAUAUAUGUGUGUGUGUUAAGUCAUACCUGUUGCAUGAAGCUACGUGUUUGUGCUUGAUGUUUAAAUUAUAUUAGACAUCUAAAUAAAG